CUCGCGCUCCCCGCCGGCCCCGAGAUGCUGCGCUGCGGCCUGGCCUGCGAGCGCUGCAGGUGGAUCCUGCCCCUGCUCCUGCUCAGCGCCAUCGCCUUCGACAUCGUGGCGCUGACCGGGCGCGGCUGGCUCGAGUCGAGCACCCACGUCCAGACGUCCUCGCUCUGGUGGCGAUGCUUCAGCGAGGGCGGCGGCAGCGGCUCCCGCGAGGACGGGUGCGAGAGCCUCAUGGACUACGCAUGGGGAAGGGCAGCGGCUGCCACGCUCUUCUGCGGCUUUAUUAUCCUGGUCAUCUGCUUCAUCCUCUCCUUCUUUGCCCUGUGUGGACCCCAAAUGCUUGUGUUUCUGAGAGUGAUUGGAGGUCUCCUGGCUCUCGCUGCUGUCUUCCAAAUCAUCUCCCUUAUAAUCUACCCUGUGAAGUACACACAGACCUUCAACCUUCAUGCCAAUCCUGCUGUCACUUACAUCUAUAACUGGGCCUAUGGUUUUGGGUGGGCAGCCACCGUUAUCCUGAUUGGCUGUGCCUUCUUCUUCUGUUGCCUCCCCAAUUAUGAAGAUGACCUUCUGGGCAAUGCCAAGCCCAGGUACUUCUACCCACCUGCUUAAGUUGAAGAAGGAGCUGAAUGAAGCCUUUUCCUGCUGCCAAGAAGGAUGCCAGAAAAAAACCUGUCUUUUCUAGAAUACUUUAAAUUGCUUGGGGAGGGAGAGGGCAGUGUUUAUAUAUUAGAUAAAUGCUGGAAUAAUCUUGGAAAUAUAUUUUAAUCGUAUUAAGUCUCAUGUUCAGCUUUUUAUGUUUUGUAGAGUUUAUUGAGACUCAACUAAACGUAAUUUGACAAUAUUUCCUAUGUUUCUAUAGCAUUUGUACUGCCUUGGUAAAGGAAUAAGAAUAAGGUAAAAAUUAGGUUUUCAAGAUUUAUGUAUCUGGUCAAAUAUUUUUUCCCUAGAUGGUAUAGUCUGGGUUGUUAAGGGCUAAGAAA